UCUGUUUCAGGCAGGACGGAGAGUUGUCUUUUUGGUCUGUUCCCGCCAGUGUGGUUAGUGACGCUACUUCUUAUGUAGACUGAAGUGUUUCGCUUGUGUUUUUGUUGUGAAGUGAUAAUAGAAUUUUGUUGUUGCGUGUUUUAAAAUGUGCUAGUGAGUGUUUUUAAUCAUCAUAUGUGAUUGUACGUGAAAACUUAUGUCCCCAAUGAAGAAUCCAGAUCAAGAUGGUUAGAGAGACUCGUCAUCUUUGGGUUGGAAAUUUGCCCGAAAACAUCCGUGAGGACAGGAUCAGAGAUCAUUUUAAGCGGUAUGGGCGUGUGCAGAGUGUCAAACUGCUGCCACGGGCUAAGGAUGACGAGGGCUCGGGGGCGUGUGCGACUGUGUCCUUCAUGGACAUCAAGUCCGCGUCCAAGGCUCACAACAACGAGCAGAAACUAGAAGAUCGCACUCUGACCACCGAGUACCACGAGCCAGCAGCCAUACCGGGUUCAGCAGCGCCCAUCUACUCCUCUCAGCGGUUCUCCCACGGGCCACCAGAGGAGAUCAGCAGUUUUGAGAGAUCUAGUCACUUCUAUGAACGGGAGCGGGACCGGCGGGACGGUGAUGCAUAUCUGCGGCGUGCAUCAUCUACGUACCAUGUGACAGCCGCAGAACCCUUGCGUGGCCGUACUCGUGACAGGCACUAUCGGAAUGGACCUUAUACGCCCAUUAUCGAGAGUGUUGUGAGUCGACAGCCGCCGCACCAUCGAAGCGUAGGGUCGAGUUGGAGCUAUGACACAGCCUCCCGAUACCCACAACCCUCCACUACACCUGACGUUUAUGCAGAUGACAGGAGAGAUCUGACGCCUGUUGUAGUUGUCCAUAAGAAACACACCAAAUCAAGGUCAGGGUCCAACGGUAGUGAGAGUGGGUCUAACUCGGGAUCCAGUGUGUCCAGGUCCCGCUCCAGUUCCAGCUCCAGUCAGUCGGGCAGCUCCAGCUGUAGCUCGGCAUCCUCCUCUCCUGCUUCCGACAAGUCCUGUUCUACACACAGUCAUCAUGGGAGUCUGCGCAGUGGUGUGACAUUGCAAUCAGCUGUCUCCACACCUCACACUAACAACUCUAGUCCUGCAGUCCACAGUGACGACCGGCGGCCCCUUGCCAUCUGUGUGCGCAAUCUGCCAGCAAGAUCUAGUGACACAAGUCUGAAGGAUGGCCUUUUUCAUGAGUAUAAGAAGCAUGGGAAGGUGACAUGGGUCAAGGUGGUGGGCCAGGGCUCGGACCGGUAUGCGCUGGUUUGUUUCAAGAAACCGGAUGAUGUGGAAAAAGCUCUUCAGGUCUCCCAUGACAAACUGUUCUUCGGUUGUAAGAUCGAAGUUGCGCCAUACCAAGGAUAUGACGUUGAUGACAACGAGUUUAGGUUUGUGGCUAGGCCCUACGAGGCGGAGCAGGACGAGUUCCAUCCAAAGGCAACGCGGACGCUGUUCAUCGGGAACUUAGAGAAGGACAUCACUGCACCGGAGCUGCGUAAACAUUUCGAUCAGUUUGGAGAGAUAAUUGAGAUAGACAUAAAGAAGCAAGGCUCUAAUUCAUCGUAUGCGUUCUGCCAAUACUGCGAUAUUGGCAGUGUAGUGCGAGCCAUGCGUACACUGGAUGGGGAGCAUUUGGGCAACAACAGGAUUAAACUGGGGUUUGGCAAGUCCCUGCACACCAACUGUGUCUGGGUCGAUGGUGUGGCAGAGUCUGUUACGGAGAAAUACUUGAGCCUGCAGUUCAGUCAGUUUGGUCCUGUAUCACAUGUGGCGAUUGACCGUUCCCGAGGGCAUGCUUUGGUCUUCUAUGAUCAGAUUGCCUUUGCUCAGUCAGCCGUGAAAGAAAUGAGGGGUGUUGCUGUGAGAGGACGAAAGCUUCAAGUGGAUUUUGCCUCAAGAGAGUGUCAAGAGGCAUUUUAUGACCAUCUGGAGAAACAAGCUGGACACAAUACCACCUUUGAAAACAGCGUCCAAGUGUCUCCACAGGGAGUGACCACUAGUGUGACCAGGGGUUUUGAGACUCCCUCAUCGUCAUCUAGUAGUAGUGGUGGAGGCUCCAGCCGAUACCCUCGGUAUUCCACACAACCCUCGGUGACUCGGUCAUACUCUCGAGGCACGGCCGUAUCGCCAGGAGCUUCCCCCUCUACACCUGCUCGCUCUACUCCACGUCACAUCAGCACCACACCCCGCUUUGAUUUCAACUCUGACUACAUCCCUGAGAGAAGACCCUACAGAAGCUAUGAAGAGAUGUCUAUGGAAGAUGGGGGAGGAAUCGUUACAGUAACAGUGGGCCAAGGACCUCAAGAUAUAAGACAUCUACAGAAAGAACGGGUAGCUCUAUUGGAACAACUUGAAGAUUGUGCAAGCUCAGGAGAAGAAGGCAAUUCGAGGCGGCGAUGCAAACACAGGCGAAGUCAUAGUGGUGAAGGUAGUCGACCUGGAACUCCUCUUUGUGAUGAGAGGCCAGAAAAUCUUCCUCCUCUAGAACCUCGGAGAACACCGAGGGAAAGACCACCAGAUCCUCUGUCGUUGCCACUGCCCAGGUUCGCCACUCAGCUGCUAUCUCCUCGGCCAGCACCACCGAGUCCACCAGCCUCCCCACCUCGCCCCAAUUCCACAUCUUCGGAUGAUUCGGAGCCGUCACCACCAUCACCAGAGUGGGAGGAACGCCUGAGAUCUCUUGAUGAAAAGUAUGAAAAAUGGUCAGGAUCACGGACAGUUAUGACUAAAGUGGAUACUACUACACUGCGUGUUCGACACAAAUUGCUCGACCUUGACCAUCAUGAGCUGCAACCUUCUGAUAUUGUCAAAUCAGUGUUGGCUAAGAGAUCGGUGUUCGAUGAAGAUUCAAAAAGGCUUGAGAAUUUUGGAGAAAAAUAUGAACCUCGUGAAUUUGUUCCUACAAGGCCUGGCUUUUCAGUAUUAAGGCCAAGGAUGGACAGUCCUCUUGUACAUUCUCCUGUUGCCCCAAAGUCUCCAGCUGCGGGAUCAUCUCCUGCUGGAGCCAAAGGGUUACAGUAUCCAUUUCCGAGUCAUCCACCAGUGCAACCCACAACUAGUGUUGCCACAACAACAGCUCCAAUGUCUAUGGCUUUGUGUUCGAGUCUUUCUUCAGGAAUUACUACAGUUUCUUCAAAUACAUCUUUGGUUGAUUCUUCUAAAUCUCCUCAAACUUUCUCUACCACUUCACUUUCAUCUGUACCUUCUGUAAAGCAACAAUUUCAAACUCCAACUACUUUUAAUCCACCACCAAAGAUAUCUCCUCCAUCAACACUUGAAAAGAAAGUGGAGAGUCCUGAUUCACUUUCUAGGCUGUGUAGUGGGGAAAAGUCAAAGAGUUCUCAAAAGUCAAUAGUAUCAAGUAACACUGAAAAAACAGAAGUUGGAAAGAAGGAUUCCUUUAUAUUACAAACACCAGUAAAACCACUUAAAUCUUGUUUAAGAAGAGAAAGUGGAGAUGAAAGAAGAGAGUUGGAAGGAAGAAGGCGAUCUAGGGAUGAGGAUGCAAAAGUGGCAUGUGUUUCAAAAAGUGAUAAUGAGAAGGGGAAGGAAAUCGAAGUGAUUGAAAGGAGAAGAAGUCUUUCAGAUCCUAGAAGAAGAGAUAGUGUAGAUUCAAACAAAGACAGUUUGCGGUGUGAAAGUGUUAGUGAUAAAUUAAAAGACAGAAAUCAUAAAGAAGAGAGGCGGAGAAGGGACAGUGUUGAUGUUAAUGUGAAAAAGGACACUGAAAUUAUCGACACAGUUAAAUCUAGGUUAAGUGAUUCUAGGGUUAGUGAGCAUUCUGACACAUCCGAUUGUUCAACAUUUUCAGAAACUUUAAAUAAAAACAUUGACACACAACGUGAUGAUAAUAUAAGGCACACUCAAGUAACUGACACCUCAGAGAAAAAUAAGGACUCUCUUCAAGUAUGUCCUGAGAGAGAUAGGAGAAGAGGUAGAGAUAGUGUUGAAAUUUGUAGUGAUAAUACUAGGCAUAGAAAAGUACCUGAAAGCUUAGACAUUAAGAGGGAAUUAGAGUCUGACACUAGGCAAAAAGAUAGUAGUACAGACAAAAACGAUACUAGCUUUAAGAAAUCCGUAGAAUUUAACGAAAGGAGGAAGGAUUCCGGCCAUUCUGAAACCCCUAAAAACAAUGAAAUUUUUGAUAGAAGAAAAGAAAAAGAUGGUAUUUGUCAAGAAAAUUCAAGGCACAAAGAAAGAAAAGAUCAAGUCACAAGGAAGGAAAAAGAAAUAGACUUUGUGGAAAACUCUAGACAUAAAAGUUCUUCGAGGAAAAGCCCAGAAACGAUAGAUAGUCUAAGGCACAAAGAUGAUAGGCUUAAAUCUUCAUUUCUGGACAGUUCUAAACACAGAGAGAAUAAUCUCAGGAGGGAGUCUGAAUCUUCUGAAGAAUAUUUACAGAAACAUGAUAGCAGGAAAGAACUGGACUACCAUCAAUCGGUGAAAUAUAAAGAUCAGCAAUCAAAGAAGGAACAACAUUUCUCCGAUUCUACACACAAUAUAAUUAAAACAGAUGAAAUCAAUGAAAACAUGCGGCACAAAGAUGGUAAAAGAGACAAUGAGUUUGCUGUUAAUAUUAGGCACAAAGAAAAUAGUAAACAUCAUGACUUUGCGAGAAAUAAGGAUGAGAAGAAAAAGGAGAGUGCUGUUGACAUCUUGCAUUCACAGCUUAAUGACGUACAAAGAGAAGAUUAUUCUGAUUUGGCAAAACUGAAAAGUCAUGAGUGUGAGAAAAAUUUGGAUAAUAUUAAACCUUCAAAUUUUGAAUUUUCUACCCAUCGAUAUAAAGAUUAUGAUAGAAGAAAAGAUAGUGAGAAGCAUGAUCCAAGAUUAAAGAAUAUUGAAAGAAAUAUUCAUAAUGACAUCUUUGAAAAUUGUAAGCACAAGAAUUCUGAUAAACAUGAUGCAGAAACAGCUAACCAAAUAAGUGAAUGGGUAGAAGAAAUAAGGAAAGACUUAGAAUCCUCUGGGUUUGCUAAAGGCAGAGAUGCGGUUAGUGAUGUUGAUCAAUGUGAUGAUAAGAAAACAGAUGGCUUAUUAUCAUAUGAUAACUACCAACAUAUUGAUGAUAAAGUAAAGCAAGAUAUUGAUAUGAAAAUUAAGAAUGAAAUCAAUAGAGAAGAUGAGUUUGAUACUUUACGUAAGGAGAGUGAAAAGAAAAAGUUUGUGAGCAUUGAGUCUGCAUAUUUUGAGAGAAAAAAGAACAAUGAAAGUUCAGAGAUUUUUCGGAGAAAAGAAAUUUUAAGAAAAAAGGAAAAUUCAGAGUUGGAUCAUUUAAGGAUAAAAGACCUAGAGAAAAAAAGAGAUAAUGAUUUCAUGGAAAAUUCAAGGCACAAGAAUUUUGGAGAAAGAAAGAGGGAGUCAUGUGAUCGAGAGCGCUACAAAGAUCGAGAUUCAAUUGAGUACAUAACCGACAACAAUAAACAGAAAGAAUGGUUUGAAGAAAAACAUUCCGAUAAGAAAAAUAACUAUGAGAAAAUAAGAAAGAGUAACAAAGAGCAUGAGUAUUCUGAAAAAGAUUGUUGUGAGUCGGAUUCAAAUGAUAACAGAAAAGAUGAUCUAGAUAGCAAAUUAAAUGACUCUUCGGAACACUUUGAUGAGGAAAGUGCUAGGAAGAAUGAUUUCAUAAAAAAAGAUAAGAAGAAAGAACGCUUGAAUUCUUGGCCUGCUGCAAUAGGAUGCAAAAGGCGUUUAAGUUCUCAAGACAGUUUGGAUAUAUGUGGUGAUGAGUCUAAAAAAAGCAAACCUGAAAGAAGAGACUCUAAAGACAGUGGUCGAAGCAGUAGCAGCAGUAAAAAAAGUAAUAGUGAUAAACAUAAGUCUUUUGCAAAAUUACUUGAAGAAAAGAUAAAAGAAGACAAAGAAAAAGAAAUGAAUAAAAAGAGAAAAGAUGAUGAAAUAAAUAAUGAAAGUCUGAAAAUAAUUGCUCGGAAGGAUAAGAAGAGCAGUGGAGAAAAGCGGAAGGAAGACCGAAAAGGGAAAAUUAGACACAAAGAAAAUGGCAUCACUGCAAGUGAAAGUGAGGCAGGAAGUGGAGAUGAUGACUCCAAAACUCCAAAAAGACAUUCAAUUUUUGAUAUUGUUGAUGAAGAACCUGCUUACAUAUCAAUGUAUGACAAAGUGAAAGCCAGAUCUACAAAGAAUAUGCAAAAACAGGAAGAAGAAAAAAGGCAGGAGAGACUCAAAGAGAAGUUUAAUCAGUUGAAACAAAGCCGAGCAAAACGAGAAGAGAAAAAACGAUCAACUUCGUAUGAUGAAGAUUCUGAUUCUGAACGAGGAGGGCGCAGGUCAAAUAAGCUAAUGAUAACAAGUUCAGAAGAAGAUGCUGGUUCAGAAAAUGAUAUUAGAACAAAGGGCAGGAAAAUUAUGUCUGAUACAUCAGAAGAUGACUCUCAGAGGCAUCAAAAUCCACCAAGAAUAAAACCAUUAAGAAUAAAUACAGAAGACGUAGAUCCAAAACCAAGAAAAAUCAUGUCAGAUACAUCUGAAGAUGAUACACUGAGAUUGAGUAUUGCAAGAAUCAAAGUGGCUCGGGUUCAUCAAGAGGAUUUAGAGCCAAAAUUGAGAAAAAUUUUGUCAGAUACAUCAGAAGAUGAUACUUUGAAACACAGUGUCCCUCGAAGCAAACCAUCUCGUAUUCAGUCAGAUGAAAGUGAAGUUGAUUUAGGAUAUGAAGAACAGAAGAAAGGAGAGGAAUAUGUAAAAAAGACCAAUGAUUAUGCUGGUUCAGACUUAUUUUCAAACAUUUCUGAAGAUCCUGAACAUCCAUCCCAGACUGAUAUAGAAAAAGAACAAAGUGAACAGUAUCAUAGAAAUUCUAUUGACAGUAGUACAUCAGAUUUACCUAGAAAGAAAUCACACAAGAAAAAACAGAAAAGACAAAAGAAUCCUGAUGGUAAUGAUGACGGGAGCAGUAAACGUCAUAAUUCAAAGAAAGAUCGUAGAAAGUCUUCACACAGCCAUGAUGGAGAAGAAGAUCUAUCAGGUCAAAAAGUUAGAAAAAAGAAAAGUGAAAGGGACAGUUCUUCUAAAAGAGAUGAAAAGAUGGAAGACAUAUUUGGUCCUCUAUCUGAUGAUUCUGAUAAAAUUCAUAAUAAAUGGCAUGUUUCUCAAAUAUACGGAUCAGAUUCAGAAGAAGAAAGACAAGUGAUGAGGAAGCGUGAUAAAAGACGUAAAGAAAGGAAAGCUAGAGAGCUUGAUGAAGCUGGUAGAGCUCUUGAAGCAAAGCUUUUGGAUAAUUCUGAAAGUUUUCCUUCUUCUGAAGAUUUUGCUAAGGCUAAAAAGAAAAAGAGGAAGAAAUCCAGAGAAGAGAAAAUAAGUAAACACCAUCAGCAGAGACUAGAGGAGGAAGCAGCAGCUUUAGCAAAUGAAGCUGAUUCAGAAAGAGAACCAGAACCAACUAUAGGUCCAUCUUCUCUGCCUCGUCUUAUGGAUAGCCCUCCUCCUUGUGUCACCCAGAACAAGAAGCCAGAUAUUCCAGGAUUUGGAUCUCAGGUUGAUGAAAAUAUCCAUGAAACUGCUGUUAAAAGUAUUUCUGAAGCUCCAACUAAACCAAUCGUAGAAAAAAGGGAACCAAUUGAAGAUUCUGUUCCGUCUGCAAAUUCAGAAGACAAACCAACCCCUGUAAUAUCACAAGAGGAGACAGAAGAUGCUGUUGCAGCUCUCCUGUUGGAGGACUCCUUUGGUGGAGGAUUUGAAAGCUAUGCUAAACCUGAUACCCCUGUAUCUGAACCUGAUUUACAAAUUGAUACAGAUACUGAAGAUACUUAUGAUCCAAUUGAUUUCUCAAGACCUCCUAGAACUCCCGAUAUACCAACAUCAUUUUACAGACAACAGGAUACGAGAGAAGGCUUAGAAGAAAGGAUUUUGCCAUUAGCAUGUCCUGACAGUACUUCUAAUAAACAAGAAAUUAGUCAUCCUCCAACUGAUAAUCCACAGACUCAUGAAAAUGAUUACCAUAAUAAUGAAGGACAAAAUAAAAUAACUGAAAAGUCCAAAGAAGAAAAUAGUUCUGUUUCUGAACUUCCUAAAGUGAAAGAUAACACGAAAACAAGUAAAAUUGAACAAGACCAUGUAUCCAAGGAAGAGGAUAAUAAAACAUCUGUGGUACAGGUUGAAUCCGGCAAAAGACAUGAACUCCCUCCAUUGGUUUGUCAAGGAGAAAUAUCUCAUGUGGUUCAACCAAUUAAAGCAAGUUAUUCAGAUUCUAAGCUCCAGGUAACUCCAGAACAAAGUUUGCCUGCAGUAACAAAUGCAAAGUUAGUUGCUGUCGAAACAACUUUAACAUUGACUACUCAAGCCAAAACAAAAGCAUUGCUGUCACCAAUUCCUCCACCACCUCUUGUUCACACUGCAAAUCAAAUAUGUAAAAGUGUAUCAGGUGAUACACAUACUUCCUCUAAUGUACCUUUAUCAUCAUCACAGACAGAACCUAGUAGAAGUUUGCAAACUGUACAAUCUCCAAUUAAUCAUCCAACAGUGCUGUCAACUCAGCAGGACUCAACUAAAAGCAAAAUAAUUCAUGCACAGUUGCCUGUUCAAGAAACAAAUCAAGAGAAAUCAUCUCUGGCUACAAAACCAGUUAGCCAGAUAAUUGUAACACCUCCUACUUCUCUAGCAUUGAUUGUUCAAACCCAGCCUAAACUUCCUCCAACUAAUCAACAACCCACUUCUGUUUUACAACUGGCAACAAAGAUUCACUCUCCUAUAAAUCAACAGAAUGCUCCUAUAAGUCAACAGAGUGAACUAAAGAGUAAUGCACAAAUGCCUCAAUAUGUGUUACACCAUACAUUGCAGCCACCACAGAUACUUGGAUCUCAACCAGGUAUUAGCAAAUUGACAAGCCAACUAUCAAGUCCAUCAUCAAAUCAUGGAGGUCCUGGACAAGGAAGUCUAAAAUUAUCAGUUCCAGCCGUGCCAGUUAGUUCUAAAUCUCCUGGUUUGUCUGUUGCUGCCAAAUCGCCUGGGAUACCAGUUACCUCAACUAAGUCUCCAUUACAGAACUCACCGCAAGAGCAACAGUACAAACAAAUUGUAUUGAAUCAUCCUCACAACCAACAGUUGAGUGUAAAUGUUUCUCACAAUCAACAAUUGAAUGCUAAUAUGAUGUUAUCUCCCAGCCAGCAGAUGAAUAUUAAUCACUCUCCUGUAGCACACCACUCUCCUGUUGGUCUAAAUUUCUCUCCACAUCAUAUCAAAAUACCGAUAACACAACAUCAAAUCAAUAAUGUUCAUCAAAAUACUAUGCAACUAAGUCCAAAUAUUCAUCAACAGAUAAGUCCUUUACUUCCUCAACAGCAGAAGCAUAAUAUGCAACAGCAUUCUCCUGCUCUUCAACAACAACAAAACAUUGGUCAGCAUGUUUCUCCAAAUCAACUGCAAAACAAGAGUAACUCUCCUCUACUCCAACAAGUACCCAACUGUAUUGGAUCUAUACCAGUAAAACUGUGCUCACCAAACAAGCCUGGAACAGUGCAUACUGUGAGGCAUUUGUCACCCGUCUCGCAGGCAAGUUCAAUAAAUAAAUUGAAUGCCCAUGUCUUGCAAACAUCAGGCAUGCAGCAAGUACGGGCAGUAGUUUUACAAAAUCCUGUGAAGCAAACUGUUACACUUCUUCAGCCUCAAGUAGUUCAAAAACCGCUGAGUGCACAAAUGAUCCGUCCACUAAAUGCGCCGCAACCCCAAAUAGUUCACACAUUAAAAAGUGACCCUCCAGUUCUAGAGAAACAAAAAAUUUCUCCAGAAAACAUGGUUCCAAAAAGUGGUGUAUUUGUUCCCACGUCAAAUAACGCCUUGAAAACUUGUGAAGAACCUCUGUCACUAACAGCUCCCAAAAAGGAAGAUGCACCAGUAAAUAAAGAGCCUGAAAUUACUCCAGAAAACACACCUGAUUCGUUGAAACAACUUCAAAUCAAAAAUAAAAUAAUCAGACCAGUUGUUGAAGAAACUAAGCCUUUGAACGCUGUAAUACAGGAUUUAACAUACAAAGCAACUCAAGCUAAACAGGCAUCUUCAGGUUUAAGUAAUCAAGGUGAGGAAGUAAAAUCAAGUACCUCUAAACCACUUGAUCAAGUUGUUCAAGAAAUACAUGAUAGGAGAAAAGCAGCUGAACCAAAAGAUUCUGUCAACAAAUUAGACGAUAAGGUUGUUGAACCUAUGAAACCCGAGACGCCUCCCAAAUUAGAAUUAGGAGUAGAUAAAAAAGAAGCUGCUAAAUCUGAAGAAGAAGUAGAAACUUCAAAAGAAUCUGAGGAGAAAAUUAAAGUGAAAGAUGAACCUAAAAUUGGUGUUAUCCAAGAUCCUAAACCUUUAGUGAGUGAAAAAGUUAACAAUGACGAUGAAAAGCCAAUACAUUUACCAAGUGAAGUCAAAAAAUCUGACACUAAUGUUAGUCAAGUUGAGGAGCCGAAAGUAGAAAAAAUACGUAUUAAAAAAGAAGAAAAUGGACUUUGUGUAGAUUCAAUUCCUUCUUGCACUAUAAAGGAAGAAAAACCACCUAAUGACAUCCUAAAUGACAAAUCAGAAGAUAAGGAUGAUGAGUCAAAAACAAAUGUUGAAUUUUCUGAUAAAUUCACUGAUGGUGAAGAAAGCAAAGACGAAGCAGCUGUUCCAAGAGAGGAGGUAAUGAUACCAACAGGCAGAGGCCGAGGGGGUCGCCGACGGAAAGCAAGUGGACGGGCUGGAGGUGUUGUGACUCGUAGGGCGAGGCUUAACAACAGUGCAACAGCCUCUAAUGAUCUAGCCUCUGCAGACGUUUACGAGUUCAGAGAUGACUCUGAAGAGGAGGCUAACCGUCCUCGUCUCAUACUCACUAUCAAAAGUCCUCCUGACCCUGUUCCAAACCAAAUGAAUAACUCUGCUUCUACCCGUAAAUCAAGGAGGUUACAGGAGAAGGAUGGUAGUAGAAACACGGUGGAUGACACGAUAGAAGAUGUGAUCAGAAGUACUCGCAGUAGUAGUCGACGAACCACCCGUGCUUCAGUGAACUGUGCUGGCACUAAUGUGAUAGAGACAAGAAAAUCUCCUCGUCGUAAGCAAUCAUCUGUGCCUCCACUACCACCUCCACCAGUACCAGUGAUUACGGAAGUGGUAAAGCCGGUUGUCCUGGAGGCUGUGAGUGAACCCUCUGCAGUGCCAACCCCACUCCCACCGCCUCCAGCCCCACCUGUACAACCUCUGCCACAGGCCACUACCAAACCACCGUCGGCUGAACCCAUGACACUUAUCGAUCCUGUCACAGGUCUGCUCAUACCCAUGCGUGAGAGUGAAGAAGGCCAGUACAUUCCGGUCAAUUCAGACCAUGUUAGACCAGUUGUAGAAAGUAAGGAGGAUACAGGAGAACCUGCUGAAAAACGGAUAAGGACGAGUCUCCCCACAGAGUCUGAGGCAAGUCUGCCCACACGGCCAGGUAUUCCGGUAAAGGUGCCUCCAAACUGUGCAGUUGUGCCACCCUUGCCACCCAAGCCCAGUGUGGUGGCAGACCUGUCUCGUCCCUUGGUAGCACACAACAAACCACCUGUGACCUCCAAGACAACCGGUAUUGUCGUGCCCAGUGGCAUACCCCGGCCCACCGCCACUUUACCCAACCCAGUGGCCCUCACUGUGGCCGCACCAUCACUGGUCAAACCCUCUCAAACUGUCAUGAUGAGUCCAACUGGAAUCAAUAAGGCAUCGGUCACCAAUGUCGUUGGACCUAUGACCAUAAACAGGGUUGUGGCACCUCCACCGCUAUCACCGUCCAGUAAACCUCUGUCCUCCACCACUCCCCUCACCCACAAGACCCACUUACUGCAAGCGGUCACUCACAGAGGAAAAGUUCCUGUUGCUAAGGUGCCAACACCCAUGACGCCCAAAGCUCACAUUCUACAUUCCAUGAGCAAUGUGGUGGCCCGGGAAGGUGUAGUGGGCCCAGGCACUCCUCCACCUCCCCACCACGGGACUUUACUUACCGGCUCUGUGGCCAGUCCCCCACUGCGUGCACCCCACCAUGCCAGCCAGCAACCCGUUGUUACGGGAGCUAGCAGCACUAGGGUGGUGUGCAAGGGACUGUUGGAGCCACUCAAAGUGGAGCCAGGAGGAUGUAUUGUAGUGCCCACUGCCUCGCCACAGUCCCGCAGUCAGGUCAUGCAAGCUGGACUACCUGUCCCGGCUUAUGAGGCUUCACUGCAUGGGUUGGUGGCAGAGUUACUUCCGAAUCCUCAGUGGCCUCGCCAGAGCCCCCCGCCCGCUCACCAGCCCCAGGGAGAGGUGGUGCAGCACGUUAACUACCCGCCCCAUCACAUCCAGCCAGCGCACUAUGUCCAUCCCCAACUAGUGUAUCAACAGUACUUGCGUGAGGCAGCGCUCACUGGCUACCACCUGCCGGUCAAGGGCGAACUAGAGGAGGGUGUGACAGGUAGCAGUCCACCACUGGAGCUGCGGCGGGGCUCACCUCAUGACAGAACCACUGACUCACCGCAGGUGGCCACCGUGUAUGUGCAUGGUCCACGCCACUUGUACUACGACCCACCACCAGCACAUCGCCCCUCACAGCCGAGAGGUCUGCAGGUCGCCACUCCACCACAUGCCAGUCAGGUGCCCCCGCAGGCCGAUUCCCUCCUUAUGCUUCUACAGCGGUAUCCCGUAAUGUGGCAAGGGCUGUUGGCCCUGAAGACUGACCAAGCCGCUGUUCAGAUGCAUUUUGUGUUUGGUAACCCCCACGUUGCUCGGGACUCACUACCAUGUAAUUCUGAUGGCUCCACACCGCCACUGCGCAUCGCUCAGAGAAUGCGUCUUGAACAGACACAAGUGGAGGGAGUGGCUCGCAAAAUGCAGAUGGACAACGAGCACUGCAUGUUGUUGGCCCUGCCGUGUGGACGGGACCACAUGGACGUGCUUCAACAGAGCAACAAUCUGCAGAGUGGCUUCAUCACCUACUUACAACAGAAACAGGCAGCCGGCAUUGUCAACAUCGCAGGCCCUGGUUCCCAACAGGCUGCCUACGUUGUACACAUCUUCCCAUCAUGUGACUUUGCCAACGAGAGUUUGGCCAGAAUUGCUCCUGACCUACUGCACAGGGUCGCCAACAUCGCCCACCUGUUAAUUGUCAUCGCCACUGUGUAGAGAGAGAGAGUGGAGCCUCUCUGUGCUACUGUGUUAUAUUGCCUUGUCUCGUUGGUCUCCCUUCGAGUCCGCUGUUCCUCCGUCGAGGAGUCUCAGCACCCAGCCACCUCAAGGCUCAGCCUCCCGAUUACGUGUUUGUUUAACUAAUAAUUUGAAGCAGUUAUGUUUGUAUGGGUUUUAUCUCUAGUUUGUGCGUUCAUGAUGUGGUAUUCCAGUUAGUUACACAAUAGUUGUUUUUAUUUUGUGUUUGUUUUGGGAAGGCUUUUAUUUAUCCUGAUUGCGACAAGUUUCACUGAUUUGACAUUGCUUUUUACUAGAUUUGACAUACUUAUAUUAUCAUCACGUUGAGUGUCAUGAACAUAACUGGACUUUGACAUAGCGUUUCUGGUGGUUCUCUGUGCCUGUCCCACUGGAUUACGCUUUUUAUCUAUGGACUACAUCCACGAGACAUCAAACAAAAAUUAUAUUCUCUUACAACAUCGAAUUAAUGUUUGUGUCUAUUAACAUAUAUAUUAUAAAUAUAUAAAUCACAUUAUAAUAAGAAAAAUAAACCAAAUAAUACCUGUCCCUAUGUAAAUUUGUACCAAAUCUGUAAUAAUUUAUACAAUAAUUUAAGUACAAAGGCUAAGAAGUGUUUAUUUGUUAUAUUUUGGAAGUAGAAAGCUGUAUAUUUUGACCAACUAUGUUAUGUGUAUAUACUGUUUUAUAUAAAGAUGUAUUUCAUUGUAAUUAAGCAAAGCCGAGUUAUGUAAAUAUAAUUUAAUGUCAGUUUGCUCAAAUAAAUAUAGAAUGUAUGGUAUAAGCUUCAAGGACCGAAGCUUUGUAAAUAAUUGUCCUAGUGAAUGUCUAUUUCGUGUGACAUGAACCCAACUUCUUUCUUUUUUAUCUGUUUAUAUACUUUGUAAAUAGUUCAGAGAGUUUCUUGGGCUGUGAUCUCUGCAUUAAGUUGUAUGUAUCGUUAUUUUUCAAUUGAUAAAAAAAUAUAUUUAAAAAUCAUCCAGUGAUUUAAGUUAUUAAAUAAAUAAAGAUGUUAGUGAAAAUAAUAA